CAUAGAUUUGGUGGCAACCGAUGACCCUGAAACUGCCUUUCAAGACGCGGAUGUGGCCAUUUUGCUGACAGCAGAAGCUGCUUCCACGCACGGCAUGACUCAACUUGAGCUACAGAGGAAUGUCAAGGUGUUUAGAAACCACGGCAUGGCCCUGGAGGAGUUCUCGCGGAAGACGGCGCUGGUGGUGGUGGCGGGGGCGGGUCCCGCGGCCGCCUACAGUGGUGUCAUGGCCGCCGUCUGCGCCCGCAGCGCCCCCUCUCUGCCGGAGGCCAACUUCAGUGGCGUGUCGCGCCUCCUGCAGGACUGGGCCGAAGCUAAGGUUGGAGCACAUCUCCGACUAGACGCAUCAUGUGUGGAUGGUGCUAUCAUAUGGGGUAACUCAUGGGGUGUGCACUUCUUGCCUGACCUCUAUCAUGCUACUGUGACUUUGCCUGAAACACUGGCCAGACUGAGAGAAAGAAAGCAGCCAGCACGCAAAGUAGUUGCGGAUGAUGUGUGGCUGAAAAAGGACCUCCAUCAAUAUGAAACUUUGAGAUUUAUAUCUGUUGCAUCUCGAAGAUCUUAUAAUGAAGUAUCUUGA